CAAGCUGUAAAUCAGGGAGGGGGGGGAAGAAAAAACCAAACCCGUCAGCUUCUAAUUGGAGAAAACAGGCGGUGCGUUUAGGGCCGGUUUGUCCACUGGAAACGCAUCGUUAGCGCUGCGUCUCCUGGUCCACGGCUCACUGUGCAAUCACGCAUCUCUCCGUCCGUCACACCGAGGUUUCCCCCCUCUGCUGCAUGCGUGACAUCUCUCCAGGUCCGGCCGUGCCGCGCGCAGACACCUGACCGCCCGCAUCGCGCGUCGGAGCCCCGCUGAGGCGACACUACAGCAGGACGCACGGAUUUUCCUCUUUCACAUCUCAGGCGAGGUUGGGAUUUCCUCUUGUCCUUUCAUUUUUUUUUCCAUUCUCACACAUCCUCCUCUCUCUGUGUCUUGGGUGGAGUCAACCAGGAAUUUUCCAAAUCGGGGAAAAAAAGCAUCGGCGCGUCUUUAGGCACACCAUGAAGGAUUCCAUCGCUAACAACAGCACAGCCAGCAUCUCCCAAGCCAGGAAAGCAGUGGAGCAGCUGAAGAUGGAGGCCUGCAUGGACAGGAUAAAGGUCUCCAAAGCAGCUGCAGACCUCAUGGCGUACUGUGACGCCCACACACGUGAGGACCCCCUCAUCGUGCCUGUCCCCGCCUCCGAGAACCCCUUCAGGGAGAAGAAGUUCUUCUGCACCAUCCUCUGAUGAGCCGCCGCGGGAACCUUUCCAAGUGCGGGCAUGGCGUUGCCUGGCUUCUCUGUCUUCACCACACCUGAAGCUACUGGCCAUCAAAGGCAUUGAGUGGAGUUUUGCCUGGUGGACACUGUUGUUGCUGGUCAGCUCUGUCUUAGUGGCUGAGGGUUUUGGGGGAGUCAGCCACCGAAGUGGCAACCCAGUGAGCGUUACCAUGUCUUGUUAAAUAGGUUUGUUAUUGCUUUGUUGUUAGAGAACAGCCUUGCUCAGUGCUUUAACGAGAUGAAAGAUGUAUUUUCCCCUUUUUCUUUUUUGAAUUUUCUUGUGCUAGAUCAGAACUUUCCUCAGGAAACAGAAUAUUUGCUCACCGCUGUAAGUUUUCAAACAUGUCUCCCCUUUAACUUUAUUUAGUAUAAAGUUUUUGCAUUCGUACAGUUUUGAACAUGAUUUAUUUUCCACCCGGUCUUGAGGUUGGAUUUCUAAGCAGCAUUGGCCAAAAUUGGUCACCCACUUCUUUCAAAUUUCUCAGAAAUUAAAAAUUAUAUUUGCUCUUUAGUGUAGAAAAUGUGACUCAAAUGGAGACUUUAACAGCUGCAAACUUGACUUAGAUUCCUCCUUUAAAGACUUGUGACUUGACUGACUUAACUUGGACUCGUGGUUUUCUGCUUAAUUCUGAUUAAGAAUCUUUUACCUGCAUAACUGGAUUUAAUUCAAGCUAAUAAACGUGCUCUGACGCCUGAUACAGCACAUAUUAUCCUCUGAAAACAUUUAUUUAAUUAGUAUUCAUGGACUGUUGGAUAUUAUUCACAUUAGCUGUUUCAUCGCAAAACCCCCAAACUUUUCCAAAUAACUUUAACUUAUUUUUGAACAAAGUAGUCUUAGAUCAGCUGUGCCACAAAAAUAUACACUGAUCAUCAAAAUAAGAGCACCUCCUUUCUUUUAAAAACGUUUAGAAAUCCUACAUAUUGUCUCACCUACUUAUGCCUCAUGGUUUAGGUUGAGAAACAUAUUUCAAACAUAUAUAGUGUAGUGUUGUCUUAAGAAGUGAACUACUUUUAACCACAGAGAUAAACAAUCACUAAACAAACAGUCAUUUACUAAUUCA